UUCCAGUCCUGCACAGCGGACCGCAGCUGAAGCAGCAGCUCGGCUCUCUGGGAAAUCUCCGCCAUGGAGUCCCCGAUGAAGGCGGCUGCUCUCAUCCUCGCCCUUUGGCACUGCUGCAGUGCUCAACGCGUUGACCAACUCACUCCGAAUCGAGGCAGCUCGAAUGGAGCAACGCGAAUCAUGAUUGACGGAAUCGGCUUCGCCCAGGAGAGACAGUUCCAGCUCAAUCCAAAAGACGACAAUUUUGGCAACCGCGUGUUCCUGGUGUCGGACAGCCUGUCGGUCCCCUGCGACGUGGAGAGGGACUCGACGCACGGCAACCGGAUCACGUGUGUCACCAGAGCCAUGCCCGUAGAUCAGUACGUGGUCCGUGUCAGCGUGGACGGUGUCCCCAUUCCCGAUGCCGGUGUGUGCAGAGGGGCCUACAAGCCGUACCGGUGCAGCUUCUUCUCUGUUCGGCACCGCACGCCUACUAUCAGUACUCUGAGCCCGGCCAGCGGGCCCCCAGGCAGCUUGGUGACAGUGCGAGGAAUUAUCUUCACCGACGUGUACGGGAGCAACACCGACCGGAGCUCCAACGGGCUCGACGUCAGGUUUCUGAGAGCCUACAUGGGAGGGAUGCCAUGUGAGCUGCUUAAACCAAACUCUGAUGAACUAUAUAACCUACAACUGGACUCCGAGUCUUCCAACUGGGGAUACAUGAGCUGCAAGAUGACGGGCAGCUACGUUGGGCAUCACAACUUGACUUACAUUCUGGACAGCGAAUUUGGAAGGAGUUUACCGGACAAGAAGCUGUUGAGGGUUUCAGCUUUGGGAAAGCUCUCCAUGUUUCAGACCUUUGCAGAGGUGACUGGAGUCUCGCCCUCGACGGGCAGCGUCAUGGGCGGAACCCUGUUGACCAUCUACGGCCGCUUCUUUGACCAGACUGACCAGCCUGCGCGCGUUCUCGUUGGAGGCCUGCCCUGUGAAAUCCAGACGGUGGCCGACGACAGAAUCACGUGCAGAACCGCCAAGCACGAGAUGAACGGCAACGUGACAGUCUACCCAGGUGGAAGAGGCUUAAAGCUGGAGGUGUGGAACAGGACAAGACCCAGAUACCUGACUGACAUCUGGGGCUACAAUGAGAACACGGCUGGAUACUGGGCAGACUGGGUCGACUCCAUGCCCAGCGUUUUUCAGAAUGAACUCGAUUAUUUCAGCUCACGAUCCAGAGGCUUCUUUGUGCCACCGGCCACCGCCAACUACACCAUAUACCUGCACUGCGAUGACCGAUGCGAGCUCUAUCUCAGCAACUCCAGCCGCCCCGAAGACAAGGUUAAAGUCGCGUUCCAGACAAGUUACGUCUCAGAUUUCACGAAAAUGCAAUCGCAAAAGUCUGAAGUACUGGCUCUAAAGGAAGGACAACACUACUACAUGGAAAUCCUGCAUCAAGAAUAUGCUGGUGUCGCGAGUGUCAACGUUGCCUUGUUCCAAGAGCAGAGUACCUUUACAGGGAGCCAGACGGACGACGCCGUCAACGAGGUUCAGAAUAUCGUGGCUGAAUAUGACGUGUACGAUGAGGAACAGGUGGUGACCUUUGACUCCUGGCCCGGCGACGUGGCUGCAGUCAAAGAGGUCCAGAAAGUUACCGUUAGCAGCGGCUGCGCCAGCCAUCUUUGUGGCAGCACUUUCUUCAGCCUGGGCUACGGAGACGCAAAGACGGGACCAAUUCCAGUCACCGCCUCAGCUAAUGUGGUCGAGGCUUCCUUGAACACCCUUUGGACCAUCAAACCCGACACUGUCCAUGUCACCAAAGAGGACGAUAGCCAAGGAUCGAACUUCCUGGUCACUUUCAAUUCUGACAGAGGAGAUUUUGAACCUCUACACUGGGAAGUUUUCGGCUCUGACACCUACGUCACCGUCGCCGAGGUUACAAAGGGGAUCAGCAACAUGCAGACCUUCACUCUGCUCUGGGGGGGAAUUCCCUCUAAACCCAUUGGCUUCAAUGCAACUGAGUCUGAGGUGCAGUCGGCUCUGGAGGACAUGAUGAAGGCCGAGUGUCCCGUUGAGGUCCUGGCGCCCGAAGGGACCGACGUAAAGUACUUCAAAGACUUUGAAAAGGACAACUCCCAGUUCAACAGUGCUGAGGAAGGUGCUCCGGUGAAAAACACGGCUUUCUGCGGCCUGUGGUCGCUGAAGAACGCCGAGGUCCUCUUCAAGGACACCUACACUGAAGACUCUGGUUACAGCUACGGACCGGUCUCAUUGGACAAGUAUCCCACGCUUUGCUUUGCAUACACGGGCAUGUUGAAGGAUGAAGUUGGAAUGAAGUUCACUUACAAAAACAGCCAAGGCCAAAACAAGGCAGAGACCGCAAAGAUAAGCACUGUCUUCAAUAAGGAGAACAAAUGGAGUUACAAAUGCAUGGACCUGCAACGCUCCCUGCAGACGGAGUACAUCGGAAGAAAUUACAAUCUGCUGGAGUUUUACCUCUACAAAGACGGGGGAGAUUUCUACGUGGACACCGUUCACAUUGGGAAGAAUCCCACCUCAAAUGAUGAAAACGCCGUCCCCCACGAGAGGAGGCCUCCGCCCUUUGAGACCUCCGGCCGAUCCUUUGAGGCGAUCUCUGUCGCCAAAGACGCGCUGAACGCUUCACGGAUCAGCUACCAGAUCAAAGCCACACCGGUCGAUUGUGCCUUCGGUUUCCCGCUGCUCGGAGUUGGCUUCCUGCCGAUGUCCAACAGCAGGGAGGACGCGGCGGAGUUCGGGGACGGAGCAGCCGCGGUCAGCAUCACCCGCCUCCACAGAGCCACGCCUCCUCUGAACGGCACCUUCGACGUGGAGAUCUACGGAGGCCGAGCCGAAGGUCUGUCAGUGGACAUCAGCCAGGAGGACCUGAAGUUCGCUCUACAGGGAAUCGCAGGGAUGGGUGAGGUCAGCGUGCAGAGGCAGGGAAGCUGCAGAGACCCCAAGUGGAGGAUCGAGUGGCUGAACAAAGCCGGAGACCAGCCUCUGAUCCAGGUGACCGGCGCGUCAGUCGGCCAAAACGCUGAUGUUUUUGCGCAUGAGGAUGAAAAAGGAGGACUAUUGACACGAAGCCUGACAGGAGAUUACUUCCGUGUCUGGGAAUCCAAACCACAGGUGGAGGUUUACAUCAACGGCAUCCCCUCAAAGUGCUCUGGUGACUGUGGGUACGAAUGGUCUGAGGACAAGACUCCAGUUGUGACAGGAAUCAGCCCAUCUCAAGGAUCUAUUGGCCAGGGGACUUUUUUGACUGUCACUGGGACUGGCUUCAGCAGCGAAAACGCCUCCAUCCUUGUGGGAAAAACCCAGUGCCACGUUGAACAGAUCACCGCUACCGCUCAGGUGUGCAGACUCGGCAGUGGCAGCGCGGGAACGUUCCCCGUGCUGGUCAGCUUCCCCUCUCUGGGUGAUUCCCGCCCCUCCGGAGACGACGCCUUCCGCUUCACCUACCAGCUCAUCCUUUCCUCCUUCGCCCCGCUCUCCGGAAGCGUGGCAGGAGGCACUCUGCUGACGGUGAAAGGUUUCGGCUUCAGCCAGAGCACCGGGGUUGCUGUCGGCAGCGACCGGUGCGCCGUGGUUUAUGCCAGUGACACUGAGCUGCGAUGCAGAACGCCAGCAGGGACUGCAGGAUCACAAUCCGUCACAGUGAUGGAGGGAAACAUGAGUCAGACAGCCGGCAGCUCCUUCACUUAUGAUGCCAACCUCACCGCGCAGAUCUCAGGCCUGAGUCCCACAACAACCACCGUGAUCGGACACGAGGUUCUCACCAUCCAGGGCUCGAACCUGGGAGGCCGAGACAAUGACAGCGUUGUGUUUGUGGGCGGGAGGGAGUGUGCGGCGGUGCAGUGGACGGAGACGAGGAUCACCUGUCGUCUCCCCGCGCUGCCGCCGGGCACGCACAAGGUGGAAGUGCAGCUUGGAAACAAUGGCCACCCCCGGACGAGCGACGGUGUGAACGCCACCAUUGAAUACAUCCUGGAAAUCUACAGCAUCUCCCCACAGCUCGGCUCGUUGAUGGGAGGAACCGCGCUGACUGUGUCUGGAUCCGGUUUCAGCAACAACACCGUGGACAAUAAAGUCUCCGUCGGAGGACUCGAGUGUGAAGUGACGUCAGCCUCAGAGAACGAACUGCAGUGUGUGUUGCAGUCGGAGGGGAAGACCCACAUUGUUACCAACCAGGGAUCCCACAGUACUUAUGGACAGGGGUAUGCGUGGAAUCCCGCCUCGCUGACGGUGUCGGUCGGGGACGCGGUGACGUGGCGCUGGGAGGCACCGGCCUUCCAGAAAGACGCCUACCGGGUCUGGAGUGUUUCCAGCCCGAGUGCAACCACCUACGAUGGGGGGCCGCUGUACAGCGGGGACACAAAGACAGCAGAAGGGUUCUUCGCCUACCGCUUCACUACGCCCGGUGUGUAUUACUACAGCAGCGGCUACGUCGACAACGGCAACAGCAGAAGCCUGCAGGGAGUCGUGAAGGUGGAGGCUCGGGCGGAGAGGAGAAGCGAGGUCUCUGUCAGCGUGGGAGGCAUGGAGGCCAGUCACGUGACGGGAGGCUCUCGUCGUGUCUCCAGAGCCGCCUCGCAGUGCGUCGCCCCUCCGCCGUGCCCGCAGAACAAUGUGACCGGCGGCAUCUUCUUCAGCGCCUCCGACUGCUCCACCCCCUCGGUGCGCUCCAUCUCCCCCAACCAGGGGUCCUACCACCAGGUCAUCCGCAUUCAGGGCACAGGCUUCAGCGACGCGGCCUGCGCCAAUGAGGUGAGCAGGAAAAGUCUCAAAUGCGCAGGAACGUUAACUCCUCGAGCGUUUUCCUCCGCCUCGCGUCCGUCUGACUCUGGCGUCCCGUGUGUCCCGCAGGUGACGGUGGGAGAUCAGCCCUGCCAGGUGAUCAACAGCUCUCACUCCGAGAUCAACUGCCAGCUCGGCGGCGACGGCGGGCUUCCCGUCGGCGUCGCUCUCCCCGUGGCAGUCAGGGUCAACAACCUGGGCAGCGCCGUCGUCGCCGUGCCCGACGAACUCGCCCGCCGCUUCGUGGUCCUCCCGGCGGUGGACUCCGUCUCGCCUCCGGCCGGCAGCCCCACCGGCCAGACGCGGCUCCUCGUCCGCGGCUCCGGCUUCACCGGGGGGCCGGUGACUGUGGCCGGCGAGCCGUGCUCCGUUGUCUCAGCCAACUACACCCACAUAACCUGCGACACCGCUCCCUCGCAGCCGCGGGCCGGGGACGUCGUGGUCCACGCCGGAAGGAUCCAAAGCUCCUGUCAUUCAAACUGCUCGUUCGAGUACUCUGCCUCCGUCACUCCCGCCAUCUCCGCUAUUUCCCCGGACAGCAUCAGCAAGCCGACCACAGUCACCGUCUCCGGCUCAGGGUUCGGCAGCAGUGUGGCCGGCGUGGCCGUCUUCGCCGGCGCCUCGCCGUUGGAGGUCACCGCCGUUACCGAUGGCAACGUCGUGUUGACGGUAAACGCCCUGCCCGCGGGCGAACACCCACUCAAAGUGAUCGUGAGAAGUAGAGGCCUUGCAUCCGGCUCCGUCGCCCUGCGCAGCCUCGCCGAGGCCGCCCUCCACCCGGACGUAGGCAGCCUGGCCGGAGGCACCGCCCUCGUCUUCACCGGAAACGGCUUCGCACCGGGGAACACCAGCGUGACGGUCGGGGGCUCACCCUGCGAGGUGCAGGAGGUGACGGCAGGCGCGCUGCGCUGCCUGACGCCUCCCGGUGGCGAGGGGCCGGUGACCGCCAACGUGCAGGUCUUCUCGGUGCGGUAUCCUCCGCUCAAAUUCACAUACUCCGCAGAGCACACUCCUGUCAUCAGCUCCAUCAGCCCCAGCUCUGGGCCGAGCGGCGCAGCCGUCACACUGACCGGCUCAGGAUUUGGCAACGACCCGCAGAACGUCUCCGUCACCAUAAACAACGUCCCCUGUGUUGUGUCCAACGUCUCCGACACGCUGGUUCAGUGCACUGCAGGAGACAACCCGGGGGGGGCAUACCCGGUCGCUCUGCACCACCAGGUCAAAGGUCAAGCCCGGUCGGACGUCACGUUCACGCACGAGCUGACCCUGAGCAGCGUGCAGCCUGACAAGGGCAGUUAUGGCGGCGGCGCUCUGCUGUCGGUACAGGGAUCCGGGUUCGACCCCGACACCUCCACCGUGACGAUCUGCGGGGAGGAGUGUGACGUUCGCAGGGAGAAGUCCACCUCGACCCGUCUGUACUGCCAGUCCCCGUCCAUCACCAACGCUCAGUCGGAGCUGAGCUGCGUUGUCGCCGUCAUCAACCAGCUGGACGCCGUCAACAUGUCAGACGGCUACGCCUACAAAUCUCAGCUGACUCCGGUGAUCACGGAGGUCUCUCCGCGCAGAGGAGGCACCGCCGGGGGCACCCGUCUCACAAUCAGCGGCUCCGGUUUCAGCAGCGACAUAAAUGAAGUCAAUGUGACCAUCGCGGGCUCCGUGUGUGACGUUCAGUCCACCAACAGCACGCACGUCAUCUGCGUGACCAACUCCCAGCGACAGUCUCAGGAGGCCAAAGUCAGACUCGGCAUCGCAGACCGAGGCAUCGCCAAGAUGGAUAACGCGGACUUCUUCUACGUUGACGUGUGGUCGUCCAGGUUCACCUGGGGCGGUCUGUCUCCCCCGGAGAAGGGCUUGUUUGCUGUCAUCAGUAAAGGCCAGACCAUCCUGCUGGACACCAGCACCCCUGUGCUCAAAAUGCUCCUCAUUCAAGGCGGCACGUUGGUGUUUGAUGAGGCGGACAUCGAGCUGCAGGCAGAAAACAUCCUGAUCACGGACGGUGGACGGCUCCAGAUCGGCCAGGAGGGGGCGCCAUUCCAACACAAAGCCAUCAUCACGCUGCACGGAAACCUGCGCUCGCCUGAAAUACCGGUUUAUGGAACCAAGACCCUGGCUGUCAGGGAGGGAGUGCUGGAUCUGCAUGGCAUCCCAGUUCCCGUCCCCUGGACCCACCUGGCCCAGACGGCCACAAGCGGCUCCGACACACUGACCCUGAUGAAGGCGGUGACCUGGAAAGCUGGCGAUGAAAUUGUCAUCGCCUCCACCGGCAACAGGCACAGCCAGGGAGAGAACGAGCAGAUGAGGAUCGCCGCCGUGUCGGCCGACGGCACGGUCAUAACCCUGAGCGAACCGCUCAAGCACACUCACCUCGGGGUGACCGUCACGCUGCCCGAUGGCACGCUGUUUGAGGGCCGAGCCGAGGUGGGUCUCCUCACCAGGAACAUCGUGGUACGAGGCUCCGAGCACCAGGAGUGGGACGAAACAAUCCAAGCCUGCCCCGACGGCUUCAACACAGGUGAAUUCAGCACCCAGACCUGUUUCCAAGGGAGGUUCGGAGAGGAGACCGGCAGCGACCAGUUUGGGGGCUGCAUCAUGUUCCACGCGCCCAGACCGAAUGAGAAUCUCGCAAUCGGCAGGCUGGAAUAUGUUGAGGUCUACUAUGCAGGACAGGCCUUCAGGCUGGGGCGUUAUCCCAUCCACUGGCAUCUGAUGGGAGACAUCCACCACAAGUCCUACGUGCGGGGUUGCGGCAUCCACCGGACCUUCAACAGGGCCGUGACCAUCCACAACACCCACAAUCUGUUGGUGGAGCACAACGUCAUCUACGACAUCAUGGGCGGGGCCUUCUUCAUCGAGGACGGUAUCGAGACGGGGAACAUCUUGCAGUACAACCUGGCCGUGUUCGUCAAACAGAGCACCAGCCUGCUGAACGACGACGUCACGCCCGCCGCCUACUGGGUCACCAAUCCCAACAACAUCAUCCGCCACAACGCCGCCGCGGGCGGCACCCACUUCGGCUUCUGGUACCGAAUGCACGAGCACCCCGACGGCUCGUCCUACGACGCCAACAUCUGCCAGAAGAGGGUUCCCCUCGGUAUGUUUUACAACAACACCGUGCACUCCCAGGGCUGGUUCGGCCUCUGGAUCUUCGCGGACUUCUUCCCCAUGCGGGACGGCGGCUGCCUGUCCGCGACCCCCGAGCCGGCCGUAUUCCGCUCCCUCACCGCCUGGAACUGUGAGAAAGGCGCCGAGUGGGUGAACGGCGGCGCUGUGCAGUUCGUCGACUUCACCGCGGUCAACAACGAGAAAGCCGGCGUGGAAGCCAAGCGCGUCAUGCAGUGGGCCGUGAGCGGCUACGGAGAGGCAGGGGGGGCGACGAUGUCCAACAGCACCAUCGUGGGCCACCUGGACGAGCUCGGACUGGGAGGCAACUACUGCACGCGGCGAGGUGUCAUCGCGCCGCUCGACGACGGCCUGAGCGUCAUUAACACCAAGUUCAUCAACUUUAACCGGGACUCCUGCGCAACAAUCGGGGUGGCCGCCAUUGAUGGGACGUGCGUGGAUCGCUGUGGUGGCUGGGCUGUGAGGUUCAGUGGGAACAAGUACUUUGACUCCCCCAACAAGGUGGGCUUCAGGUGGGAGCACGAAGGGCAGCUGGUCGACACUGAUGGCUCCCUCACAGGACACAUAAACCACAAAGUGGUGCCUAUGAGCCCCCUGCUGGAUCCCGCUCACUGUUCCCAGAGUGACGAGUGGAGUGUGGGCUUCCCGGGGGCCGUGUGCGACCACACCGUCAACUUCCAUCGACUGGCGUUGAACAACCCGUCGCCGACCUCUCUGCAGGGCAAGGACAUCAUCUUAACCAACUCCCACGGCAGCAGUGCUAUUCCCUUUCUGAAGAAGAGGAUGACCCAUAAGCUCGGCUGGAUGGCCCUGCUGCCCUCUGGUCAAACGUACAACUGGUACUUCAAAGAUAUGGAUCACAUCACCAACAUCACUUACAGUGCAAAAUUCUACGGUUUCAGCUCGGAUCAAUAUGUGAUCAUCAACCACAACCUCACCCAGAGUCCUGAUCGAUUCAGGAUCCUCGACGAGAGGAGCGGCUCGUCGACGCCGCUGAGCUUCAGUGACAACAAUAACGGAGACUGGUACUUCGACAACAGCACCAACAACCUCCACUACAUCGUGUCUGGGAAGACAAACCAGCGCAGGCGUCGGGACAGCGUGGACCGCUCCAUGAAGGACACCGCCGUGGACUUCAAAGUCUACCGCUGCUUCUACCUGGACUGCAUCCAACCAACACCCCCACCUCCAGCCACGCUCGCCCCUCUACCCGCCCACCGGCCUGACCACUUCAUCCGGUGGUCCAAUGCCUCCUUCUGGACAAGUUCACCUGAAAACAACUUCACUGCACCUACAGAGGGUGCUGACGUGGUCAUCCCAUCGGGGACGUGGGUCGUGUUGGACAGUGACACUCCCCCCCUCAACAAGCUGACAGUCAUCGGAGUUCUGGAGAUCCCCGACAACAUGAACAGCUCGUCGUCGAGGCAGGCCCGGGCCGUCCCCGAGUACAGCAGCGUGGUGCUGGACGCCGUCUACAUCUCCAUCCAGGGCGGCCGGCUGAUUGCAGGCUGGAACGACGAGCCGUUCAGAGGUCAGCUGCACAUCAAGCUGCGAGGGAACCACCGCACGCGGGACUGGCCUCUGCCCAACGGGCCCAACCAGGGCGCCAAGGUCCUGGGUGUGUUCGGUACACUGGAGCUCUACGGACAACCUCGCAACGUGUACCACACCAAACUGGCCUCCAGCGCCGCCGCUGGCUCAAAUACCUUGAACCUGUCGCAGUCCGUGGACUGGCAGGUCGGAGAAGAGGUGGUCAUCUCCACCACCAGCUACAACGCCUGGGAGACGGAGAAACUCCAGAUCACCGCCGUGUCAGCAGACGGCCACGUCCUGACCCUGAACCAGCCUUUGACCCACACGCACAUCAGUGAGACUCACCCCGUCUCAGGUACGCCGUUGUCCUACACUUUGGCGGCUGAUGUCGGCCUUCUGACCAGGAACAUUAAGAUCAUCGGUGAGGAGUAUCCAGAGAUGAUCUCGGAGUCAUUCGGAGCCAGAGUUUUAGUGGGCAGCUACUCCUGGAAUGGAGUUGACUACAAAGGCAAGGCUCAGAUGAGGAAUGUGGAGUUCUUCCGCUCUGGUCAAGAAGGCUGGACCGACUCCACCGACCCUCGUUACUCGGUGGCCUUCCUCAACCUGGGAGAGGUUUCAGAAGAAGACUCGUACAUUCAGGGUUGUGCUUUCCAUGACGGGUUCUCCCCGGCCAUCGGAGUCUUUGAGACAGAAGGUCUGAACGUCGACGAUAACGUCGUCCACCACACCGUGGGAGAAGGUAUCAGAAUUUGGGGCGACAAGGUGAAAGUGAGGAGGAACCUGGUGGUGAUGACGCUGUGGCCCGGCUCCUAUCAGGACAGGGAGGAGCCCUUUAACUACGCCUGGAACGCCGCCAUCGAGGUCAGUGAGGGGACAAACGUGGUGCUGCAGAAUAACAUUGUGGCAGGUUACGAGAGAGUCGCUUACCGCAUCGACGGUGAACCGUGUCCAGGUUACUCAAACGAGAAUGAGGAGUGGAUCCACAACGAGGCUCACGGCGGUCUGUUCGGAGUCUACCUGAACAAGGACGGCCUGCCCGGCUGCAGCCUCGUCCAGAGCUUCUUUGUCUGGAGGAGCUACGACUACGGCAUCUACUUUCAGACCAUCAUGAGCGUUAUCGUGUCCAACGUGACCCUGGUGGACAACGGCAUGGGGGUGAUGCCUCUCAUCUACGCUCCCCCCUCCCUCUCUCACGCGUACGCCGACAAAACCGUACACGUUCAGAACGCCUUGAUUGUUGGCAGCAGCCCGAGCUUCGACUGUUCCGCCACUCUGCCCAGCGGCGACUUCAACGUGGUCAACAGCGACAGCCACCGAGCCCCACGACCCCUCCCAGGUGGCAGAUCUGGAAUCUGUUGGCCGAACUUUGCAUCCAAUCACAACACUGCUCCGAUGAAGGUCCAUCAUCUAAACAUGAACUACAACGCCAUCAAAGGACUGAUGAAAGUCACCGACACGAUGUUUGUCGGUUUCCGCACGGCCUGCUCUGGCGAGACCGACGUCAUGUUCCUCACCAACCCGAUCAACGAAGACCUGCAGCACCCCGUGCAGGUUUCAGGCAUAACAGUGAUAGACAGCACAGAGGAGGCCAAGGUCUUCAUCCACCGGCCGGACGUCAGGAAAGCGAACCCGGCUGACUGCGUGGACAUGGACUGCGACGCGAAGAAGAAGAGCCUGCUGAAGGACUUGGACGGCUCGUUCCUGGGCGCGGUGGGAGCUGUGGUGCCUCAGUCCGAGUACGAGUGGGGAGGUGAUCCCAGGAGAGGGCUGGGCGACUACCGCAUCCCCAAGGUCAUGCUCACGUUCCCCAACGGCAGCCGCAUCCCCGUCAACCAGAUUGCGCCGCACAAAGGUGUGAUCAGGGAAGGCUGCUCGUACAUGAGCUCCUGGCAGAGCUACAAGUGUUUCGGGCUGAACUACAGGAUGCUGGCUAUUGAGAGUCUGGACUCGGACACAGAGACCCGCCGUCUCUCCCCCGUCGCUGUGCUCGGACGCGGCUUCUUGGAUCUGAUCAACGGUCCUCAGGAUCACGGCUGGUGCUCGGGUUACACCUGCCAGCAGAGGGUGUCUCUCUUCCACAGCAUCGUGGCCACGGGUUUCUCCUUCGACGUGUUCUUCACCAGCGUCAGUCCUCAGAAGCUUCGCCUCAUGAUGCUCAACGCUGAUCCAUCUGAGAGCGUCAUCGUGUCAGUCUUCUACUCCAAGCCGCAGCGGUUGGACGUGUACGUUGACAACAGUCUGGUUGCUCCGACUAACGUCCUGUGGAACUCUGACAACACUGACUACACCCUGAAGAAGCCCAGCUAUCCAGGUCAACAUGACCCCCAGCUGAACGCCACUCUAGGCACCAACUACUUUGACCACGAGUAUAAGAUGCUGAGGGUCGUGGUGAGAGGCUCCAAGCCGGUGGAGAUCCGAACCGCCCCGGUGCUGAUCAUCUCCUUCGAGCUGCCCGCCAUGACCGAGGCCGAGUUCUUCGGUGACAGCCUGAUUCAGAACCUCGCUACGUUCCUCAAAGUUCCCCCAAACAUGAUCCGAAUCACCAACAUCAUCCGGGAGGACGGAGGCUCGAGGCGGAGGAGGAGAUCCACGGGCCUGAAGGUGGAGGUGGAGAUCAAGAAACCCCCGGUCCACCAAACCUCCAACACCACCAACGAUGAUGAGGACUUCACACUGUUGAAGAACAUCGCCGACGACCUGGGACAGGCCGCCGUCUCCGGGAGCCUCAGUCAGUCAAUCGGCUUCAACGUCUCCUCGAUGGGCGUCAUCCCUCCUCCUCCCCCGUCCUCUGACCCCAGCUGGAGAGAGGAGGCCACAGAGGAAGUGACGAGGGAAGAGCCGGCGGUGAGCUAUGUGUCCAGCGUGAGCGCCCUGUUGCUGGUAGAGGAGCCGAUAGCCGGCGAGUACGUGGGUCCUCUGCACCAGCAGCCGAGUCUGAUGGCCGUGGACGAGCAGGGAAACUGUGUCUCUGUGGGAGUGACGUCCCUCACUGUCACGGCCAGCCUGAAGGACGCCGCUGGGAGCAGCGUGGACGGACUGCAAGGAAACACCACCAUUCGGUUUAGGGCCUGCUGGGCGAACUUCACUGGCCUGUCCAUUCAAAGCAGCGGCGAGAACCUGACCAUGGUCUUCAACCUGAAGGACUGGGGCAGCGAGUCUCGCGCCUUCUCCGUCCAAGACAAUCCGACCACGCAGUCGCCGCCUAUAACCGACGGCAGCGUCUUCAGCUCCAGCGCCGCCGUGUCUGCCGGCAGUCUGUGUCUGGCCAUCGUCAUCUACGCUGUGGCCUGCUGCUUGGACGGCAUUCCCCUCUGCUAGAUAGAUCUCUUUAUGAGGGAAACGCUGACAUCUUCAAGUAUAUCAUCUUUUUCUGGGGUUCAAUCUUCACUUAGAAUUAAACAAAAUGAUACGGGUGGGGUAAUGAUUUCUUAAAAGUUAUAGGUAAAAAUCUGAAAGUGUCAGUUUGAUAUGCUUACUCUCAUGGUGUGAAAUCAAGAUUGUGGUGAAGGCACACAUAGCUUAUGGAAAAGAAACAAUACAGUUCGUCAUGGAGAAUAAAUAGGGAGUCAGAUGACGCCGGUUCAGUUUUGUAACGUGUCCCUCAGGAGAUGACGGGACUCAUGUGACAGUGGUUCAGUGAUCACUUUUCCUCUGCAAAGAUAACUUUCUAAUGUUAAACAGGUGCAAAACGUGCUUAACUCGCCUUUGAAACCGUAUGAAGGAAGAUAUGAAGUUAGUAUUUUUAUGAUGAUUAAAAACCAAACAAUUUCUAUUUUCAAUAAAUUCUAUUUGUAAUUAA